CCCAUCAUAGGUGUGAGUGUGAGGAAUAGUGCCCCAUCAUUGUUGUCAGUGGGAGGAAUAGUGCUCCAUCAUUGGUGUCAUGGGGAGGAAUAGUGCCCCAUCAUUGGUAUCAGUGGAAGGAAUAGUGCCCCAUCAUUGGGUGUCAUGGGGAAGAAUAGUGCCCCAUCAUAGGUGUCAGUGGGAGGAAUAGUGCCCCAUCGUGUUGGUGUCAGUUGGAGGAAUAGUGCCCUCCAUCAUCGGUGUCCAGUGGGAGGAAUAGGUGCCCCAUCAUCGGUGUCAGUGGGAGAGGGAAUAGUGCCCCAUCAUGGGUAUCAGUGGGAGGAAUAGUGCCCCAUCAUUGGUGUUCAGUGGGAGGAAUAGUGCCCCUAUCAUUGGUGUCAGUGGGAGGAAUAGUGCCCCAUCAUUGGUGUCAGUGGGAUGGAAUAGUGCCCCAUCAUUAGGUGUCAGUGGGAGGAAUAGUUGCCCCCAUCAUUGGUGUUCAGUGGGAGGAAUAGCGCCCCAUCAUUGGGUAUCAGUGGGAGGAAUAGUGCCCCAUCAUUGGUGGUCAGUGGGGAGGAAUAGUGCCCCAUCAUUGGUGUCAGUGGGAGGAAUA